GCUAUAGUUGAAAGUAGUAGUUUGUCUUAAUUUUGACUUCAGACAGACACUUUUUUCAUUGCAUAAUGAGUUAUAGAAAGUGUGGGAGUUUGUUGACAUUGUCACUUCUGCUUAAUGCCCUUGUUCUUUCUGAAACAGAAGACUCAGCCAGGGCUCCCGACUCCAGUCCGAUGAUCAACAUUUUAAACAAAAUUCUGAAUCUCUUUUACAGCCGAGGAAAAUGGGACUUUCUUGACAUUGUGAGAAUGUUUGAAUCUAUUUUGUCCGGAUCAUCACUUCUAAGACAUUCAAGAUUACAUGACAACGGAACACGAGAAGAUACAGGGAAUCAAACUCAGGAUUGGACCCAAAAAGUGAGUCUUCGAAGUAGAACUGAGCAAAGGGAGCAAAGAGAUUGUCUGACAGAUAUUUAUCGGCUAUUUGAGAACGUGACUGAGAACCCGUGGGCCUUACAAUUUCUCGACUCAUGGGGCAAGCCUGGUCCCUCACUACUGAUGGGGCGAAUACGUUUUGUGGGGAACUACAAACAGUGUAGGAGCGCCAUGGCGCCGCCCCUGCCUGAUGAACCGGGGAGUGGCUUUAAGGGAAACUACUGUGUCCUGAAUAUCGCAGUCAAGGGUGUGUCUGGGCAUGUUGGUCUUAUUGGUAAUCUAGAACUUGGUUCCUGUAUGCCAGACAGCUGUACUGAAAUUGAAAUCACAGACAUCGUCCAAGAAAAACUCAAAACGUUCAAUCUGUCAUCAGAACUGAGUGCUGGGUCAACGGAGUGUCGGACAGACAAAAGGGAAGUGACAGGAGCGACAGCUGCCUCUAUACUACUACUGACCGUCAUUCUGAUCCUGAUGGUCAGUGGCACGUUGUUGGACAUUGUCGUUUUGCAAUGUCCGAAAUGGAACUCCCAGUGUCAAGACCAGGACAGAGCAGAGCCGGGUGGAGAAAAUAAUUUCAAGCCUCACAUUAAAUACUGCCAGAUUUCUAUGGAGACUGACUUGUCUCAAGAAGAACAGACUGAGAAAGAGGACUCUCUCGCCGGGAGUGGACGAAGUAGGGUCGAGAAGCCAGUGAUAGAGAGACGGGCCUCACUGUUGACAAAACGAGUUCAUUUUAAAACGCCAUGGCGAGGACUCUUGGCGCAAACGUUACUAGCCUUCUCAGUGUACACCAACGGUUCUAAAGUUCUGAACACAUCACAGCCUCCUGGAUCACUGAGUGUCAUUCAUGGAAUCCGCUUUCUGAGUAUGUCGUGGGUUAUCUUAGGGCACAUCUAUAACCUGGGAAUGGCAAAUAUUUUAAACUCGAUUGAAGAAGCCUACAGCCAUGUAAACAGCUGGACCUUUGACAUCGUUACAAACGCUUUCUUGGCAGUAGAUACUUUCUUUACUCUCAGUGGCCUGCUGGUAGCCUACGUGACGACAAAUCUGAUUCAGCAAGGCUGCAAAAUGAACUGGAAAUUAUUUUAUUUUCAUCGUUUUUGGAGGUUAACUCCACCUUACAUGAUAACCCUGCUAUUCGUUCUAGGGCUGCAGAGAUUUAUGGGGUCCGGCGCCUUGUGGCCAACACUUGUGCCGGAAGAUAAGAGUCAGUGCGAAGCGAACUGGUGGACCAACUUGUUAUAUAUCAACAAUUUCGUCGGGGCAGACAAACCGUGUUUUAGCCACUCCUGGUAUCUAGCCAACGAUAUACAGUUCUAUAUUCUGUCUCCUUUGAUGCUCAUCCCUUUUUUCUAUAACGUCUGUACUGGUUUAGUCAGCUGUGCAAUGUUCUUAUCGUCGCAUUGGAUUCUGACAGGAAUAUUGUCCAUGGAUAAUAACUGGAGCCCUACCUUCAUAAGACUGGAUGUUAAGUCCGCCGAUGACGUGAAAGGACAGUUUGGCCAGUAUUACAUAAGACCUUACUGUCGUAUAGGACCUUACAUCAUUGGCAUUAUGGCGGGCUAUCUUCUGUCCGUGCGUAAGGGAAACGUGCAGAUGAACAAGAUCACUGUAAUCAGCGGCUGGGUGUUCAGUGCGGCCAUUUCUUUGUCCAUUGUUUACGGUAUCCAUGGCGACAUCACCGCUGAGAAUAAAAGCAGCGUAGGCGUCGCCGCCUUGUACAACGCAGUGGCGAGGUCCGUGUGGGGAGCUUGUGUGUCCUGGGUUAUCAUCGCUUGCUCCUCAGGUUACGGAGGUCCAGUCACUGCGUUGUUGUCAUGGAAACCUUUUGUUGUGCUCAGUCGUCUGACGUUUAUGGCCUACCUGGUUCACCCGUCUGUUAUAAUGAUUUACUUACACAAUCAGGAAGCACUGUACGCCUCGAACGACGUACAUAAUACCAUAACGUACCUGGGCCUCAUGGUGAUCAUCUACAUGGUGUCUUUUCUGCUCAUGCUGGCUCUAGAGUCGCCAGUGAUUGCGUUGGACAAAGUUUGGCUCAGAAAUAGUCGAAAGGUUGCAAGGGAUGUGCGAUGAAAUAAGUUAGAAUUGGAUGUCAUCACGUGACUGGGGCCGUCACUGGGGUCAACAUGUCAACGGUCAUGGACACAUUAAACGUUUUCAUUCAAGAAGAAAAUUCCUUAUAUAAACUUUUCUAAUGCAUGCUUUCUUGUUUUAGCCUAUACCCCCCUUUUUUUGUGAGUGUGGGUGAAUGUGGGUGAGUAACAGAAGAUCGAUGAAGCACCAGUGCUACUUCUCUCGUACAGGUUAUAGUCAAAAUUGUGGUUUGAAAAUAUUUCGUAAUUUUUAACAAGAUUGUAUCUUUCUCCUUUGAUCUAUGCAGAUUUGCAAGAAUUGAAAUCCACUGACAUUGUCUUUUAGAAUGAUGUGAUCAUUUUUGUUAAAAUCUGUUCAACCCUUACUGUUUAUUAUAUAUUUGAUAUUAGUUUUUGUUUAGAAACAAGAAACACAUUUAAAAAAAAAAUAAUUUUAAAGACAAUAUCUCUAUUAUUAAACUUCAAAUAUAAUAAAAUAAUAAUAAUAAACAAAAAUGUUUGGUAAAUUCUGGUAUCGAGCCCGUGACAGCGUGAGCUGCAAAAAAAAAAUAUGCCUGAUUCGUCCUGCAUAUCUGUGCGCUGAUUUAUUGGUAUGUUCAUUAUAUGGACAUCUAGAUCUAACACUAGAUCUAAAGUUCUGAUCUGCUACUUUUAAGAUCUAGUCUAG